AUGAAGACUUCCUGCAACAUCCACGCCCACCUGCUGCUGUUGUUGCGAAAUGUGCCUGAGGAUGAACUGGACGAGCGUUCAGUGAGCCGCAUCUUGUCAUCCUUCACCUUUUUGUCGCUGCACCACACCUUCAACCAGAAUUUCUUGGACAUCCCAGAGACGGAGCUUUUUGAGGUCUUCCAACAUCACAGGCGCGGCCUGGUGCGCUGGUUCGAGAAGCAGCGGAAGAACAGCGAGUACGGCCGCUUCAAUCGGGUCUUGCAGCAGGUUCAUCAGCAGUUUUCGACCAUCGACUCCUCGAGUGCCGUUGACACGGCGCUCUUCGAGUGGGGUGUGGUGAAGGGCGAUGCCCGCAACGCAGGGCGCUACGCCAUCGUCGGGCCCAAGCGCUCUGAUGCGGAGCGUGGGGAAGUGGCGCAGACCGCCAGCAAUGACAAUGCCUGGAUCGAACUGAACAUUCAGCUGCUGCAGGUUACGGUGCGAGGGCGCCACGUUACGCCCCUGGAAGCGGAUACCUGUGACGACGCGGACUUCAAAGAGGUACGGGGGGGGGUUGGACUCUAA